AUGGCCAGGCGCGCCCGCUGGCUGCCGGCGCUGCUGCCGCUGCUGCUGCCGCUGCCGCCGGCGCUGCCCCGCGGCGCCCCGGGCUGCGCCGCCCGCGGGCUCUGCUGCCCCGGCCGCGACCGCGCCUGCCUGAGCUCCGGCCGGCGGCCCGACGGCUCCGCCGGGCCCUGCUACUGCGACCAGGCGUGUGCCCGCAGCCUGGACUGCUGCCACGACUACGGCCGGGCCUGCCCGGUUAUCCCCUGCGUGGUAUCUCAGUGGAGUGCCUGGAGCGGCUGUGCAGAGCCUUGCAAGACAACCUAUCGUGUCCGGACGCGGCACAUCGUCCAGGAGCCCAGCAACGGCGGGGAAGCGUGUCCUGCUCUGGAGCAGAGGGCCGGCUGCGUGGAGUACUGGACUCGGCAGGGAGCAGAGUGCCAGCAGUCCCUCAUCCCAGCAUUAAUAACUGCGGGAGGGUUUGGAAAAGCCAGGAAGAAAAGAGCUGCAGCUGACGGCAGUGAAAGGGCAGGGUACUGUGUGGAGUUCCAGCUGGUGGCCCUGGCGCCGGGCUGCGGGCACAGGCAGCCGUGGCACAGGCAGCCGUGGCACAGGCAGCCCUGGCACAGGCAGCCGUGGCACAGGCAGCCCUGGCAUGGGCAGCCCUGGCACAGGCAGCCGUGGCACAGGCAGCCCUGGCACAGCCGCUGGACGCGCGAGCUCCGCGAGGGCCGCACGGUGUGCGUGGAGUGCCAGCAGCCAGCCCUGCACCCCCUGCGGCAGCACUGCCGCGGCGACGGCUCCGGCAGCCACCGAAAUCAGCUGUUGCACUGGCAGGCGGUGGGGAACCAUCGGUGCAAGGGAACCUGGAGGAGAAUUCGCCAGCUGGACACUUGUUCCUGCCCUUCUGCUCACAGCUUCCUGUUCAUCUGACCUCUCCUGGCAGUCCCAGCAAGCCCGGUGUGCGGCAGCAGCAGGAGCCCCAGCCAAGGCAAUGACUUCUCUGUGGCAGAGGCUUUGCUUUCCCUGCUUUUCCAGAGGUUGCUGGGGCACCUGGAAUCCUGUCUGUGUGUGCUCCUGAGUUUCCAAGGAAAUCAGGCUGGGAAGUGACGAUCUCUUUUUAUCCUGAGAGAAUCUUGUCUGACCUUGAUGACCUCUUGCCAUUCCUCAUUUCUUGAAAGGAACGAGAAUUUACCAAAUAACAAAUCAAACAAAAAAGGCCAUAAGAAGCCAGGUUUAAUUAUUCUUAAAAAAAAAAAUCUUAAUGAAGAAUCAACAAUGCAAAAUAAAUUAAUCCAAGUGCCUUCUUUUUGUGGCAGCAGCACUUUGUGGAUACUUCCUGCUUGUGCUUGUGUGUCUGUUCCCUCUAUUUUCAUCCUCCCUGGUCUCAUAAUUUCAUUUAGCCCUCAGUCUUACAGCAGGUUGGUCGUGCUGUUGAGGUAAUGACAGAACUUAGAAAUGUGCUUGUCAAAUCUGUGAGAAUAGGGACAAACUGGCCCUUGGACUGGAGUUUCAAGGAACAUCUCUGAGUUGGCCCAAAAUGCAAUGCAGUCCUGGGGCUCUGAAUAGGAAUUCAGCUCAGCUGUGCCAGGAGUGCUGGCUAUAGCCAUGUGCUUUUGACUGAGAAAUACUUGAAAUAUUUUCCUUAUAUUCUGCUUACUAAUAUUCAUACUUUUCUAUAAAUGAAAAUAAUGGAGACUGGAGAUAUUCUCCCAAUGUCUGUCUGUUUGAUUAAUCUCUGUGGUGCCAUCUCUUUAGCUUCUUAACCUAACUAGUUCAGACAGGAGCUCACUGCAGAGUGAGAUCGAGGUCAUCCCAUUUGUCACAGCCAGGUGAGUGGCUGGGGCUGGCUGCAGCAGAGCCAGCUGGCUGGUUCCUGUGGCCUGGAGAUGCAGGAGUAUGAAAGAUUUAGCCCCCAAGGGACCCUCACAGCAGCUGUGUUUCUGCGCAGACUGGAUGACACAAGACAUUGCGAAUGUCUCUGCAUCAGCACAUCCUAAAAAGGGCUGUGCAGUGUGCUGGCUUCACCUCCACACCUUGUGUGACUGUACAAACAGAUCCUGUUGGUAAAUUCCUGGGGGAAGUGUGUGACAGAGAGCACGAGUGAGCCUUUUGGGUAGAAGAAGGAGAUGAAGUUGUCAGAUCCCUUUCCCUUCAAAUGAAAAUCAGCUCACGGUGUUGACGCAUACUGCGUCCUGCCUUUCCCUUUAGGAGUUUUAUCACCACUCAUCAUUAUAGUAGUUUCUACUACCUGGGUUUUGGACAAAAUGAAACUUUGGAAAUCCAAGGCACAAUACUGCUGGGGAAUGCCUUUGUAGUGUGAGGAGCUGGGCUGGAGGAGAGGCUGUUCCCGAGGAUGCCAGCUGUUCCCAUGACAACGCCAGAACCUUCCACCCUGGUACCAGCAACAGAGGAAUCCCCAGCACAGCCAGGAGCUGGGUCUGUCCUGCACGGGAUUCCUGUGCUCCCACAGGAGCUGGGUCUGUCCUGCACGGGAUUCCUGUGCUCCCACAGGAGCUGGGUCUGUCCUGCACAGGGCUCCCACAGGAGCAGGGUCUGCCCUGCAUGGGGCUCCUGCUGGGCUCCCAGAGCUGCCCCACCUGCACCUGCCAGCUCCACACAAAACCAGCAAAUAGCGCAGAGCGCCUCGGGUCGGAUUUAUGCAAAAGCAAAAUUAAGCUCAGCUGAUGUUGCUACACUUCCUCCUGCUCUCCAGCCAAGGAUCUCAAUUUUUAAUGAUGGAAAGUCAAGAAAAAAAAAUCCAGAUCCUUUUACAACCUGCUGAAGAACCCAUGUGAUUUUCUUUUGUAGAGAAAUCUUUCAUUGACAUGAUGGGGAAAGAGAGAGGCCAUGGGGGAAUUGUGCUUUUCCUCACCCUAAUCCUGUAAUUUCCAGCCUGGGAUUAAACUGUUUUCUUCUGCAUUUGAAACAGAA